CCUUUUCGUUGUCUUCGUGAUGGCCAUAAAACCAAAUCUAUAUUAGGAUUAAAAAGAAAACAACCCUUGACAAGUGCAUUACCUUUCAACCUUCCAUUACUUCAACUAAUAUUGCUUUCAAAGAUGCCUUCCUACCGUAUGAUUCCGACUUUUUUCCUUCUUGGAGUUGCGCUCCUCAAGCCAGAGUUCGCUGCGGCCAAUGACGCUUGUACCGACUCGAUUUCCGUUAAUGUGGGGUCUCUUCCAUUUGCUACUGCUGCCGACCUGACCGGGAUGACUCCUGACUUUGCCAACCCUACGGAUAACCUUCGUAACUUUACCUGUGGCAUCAGUCCCGAAGGCGUUGGUAUUUGGUAUCACAUUGUCGUUGGCAGCAAUGAUACUUCAGCCCUUUUGGAAGCCACUAUAUCGGAUGCUCCUGGAACGGACACCAAAUUCAAUGUGGCUCUAUUUGAAGGAACCUCUUGCGAUGACAUGGAGUGUCUGUUGGCUCGAGAAUAUCAAUUGGAAAAUCAACGAACCGAGCCUCGCUUGACCUGGUUUGCCCAACAAGGAAUGUCCUAUUAUUUGCAUGUGGCUGGAAUCAAUGCCAAUGAAGUGGGCCCUUUCAACUUGGACAUUGUGGACGUCACAACGGCAACCCCAUCGGACAAUGACAGCUGCAGUGCCCCCGAAGAACUUGUCCUGGGAGCCGAAGCAACUACCGUCAACACCCUUGCAGCGUGGCCUCACGGAUUGGAGAAUGAUUUUUGCAGUCUCCACGCCUAUUCCCGUGGCCAUUUCUACCAGGUGACCACCGCGGGAGGUGAGGGUGUCCAGGUGACUUUGGAGGGCGAGACAUUGCCCGAUGAUGUCCGUCUGGAAAUUGCCGUUUUGGAGGAAGGAUGCGAUACUUGUGUAGCCUUUUCUGAAUUCCUUACCGUGGACGACCUGCCCCACAGCAUUGAGUUUGCGGCGACUCCGGGAACACCAUAUGUGAUUGUGGUCUCGGGUGAACGCUUUUCCGAUGUUGGAAUUGUGCAAAUCAAAGUGGACGAGCUGGAGAGUGUCUCGUCCACGGCUGGAAAGCUUGAGGGUGCUUUUGAUAGGGCCAUUGAAGCCACGACCGGUAGUGGAGCAGUUGGCACAACAUUUGCCACUGCCUUUGGAAUGACUUCCAUGAUGGUUUUGUUCUCGGCCAUGUUGAUUUGAAGUGGUUACUGCAAGGCAAUUACACGAUGGUUUUGGUAUCGCACUACUUUUUGGUCUGUUGGUUACGACUGAGUGUGCACAGAGAUACUUUGUUCAAAGAGGCAUUCUCAAUGUUUAUAUAAUGUAUAAAGAGAAGAAUUAUGAAGGUGC